CCAACCCUCCUGCAGCCACUUCCCACCCCACCCGUCUCUAAAGCACCAGCCAGCACCCAUUCACACUGCACUCUCUGGAUCUUUCCCCUACUGCAAAACUUUUUAUUUCCUUCGUGGACUGUGCGCGAGGCAGAAAUCUUAAAGAUGUCAGAGCAGGCUGAUGUGGAGCUCUUUGUGAAGGCGGGCUCUGAUGGACAGACCAUUGGGAAUUGCCCCUUUUCCCAGCGCCUCUUCAUGGUCCUCUGGUUGAAAGGAGUCACAUUUAAUGUCACCACGGUUGAUAUGAAAAGGAGGCCAACAACCCUGUUGGCUAUCGCCCCUGGAGCUCAGCCCCCUUUCCUCUUAUUCCGAGGAGAGGUCCGAACAGAUACCAAUAAGAUCGAGGAAUUUCUGGAAGAGACUCUGUGCCCCCCAAAAUACCCAAAGCUGGCCGCCAAAAACCCGGAAUCCAACACGGCCGGACUUGACGUCUUUGCCAAAUUUUCUGCCUACAUCAAGAAUUCCAACCCUGGUUUGAACCAAACUCUGGAGAAAGGCCUCGGGAAGGCUCUGAGCAUUUUGGACAAUUACCUGAACACUCCUCUUCCGGAAGAAAUAGAUGAGAACAGCGCGGAGGACGAGACGGUGUCUCACCGCAAGUUCCUGGACGGUGACGAGCUGACGCUAGCCGACUGCAACCUCCUCCCCAAGCUGCACAUAGUACAGGUGGUCUGUGAGAAGUACCGAGGCUUUAAGAUCCCCGAAACGUUCACCGGAAUCCAUCGCUAUCUCGCAAACGCCUACAAGCGGGAAGAAUUUGUUAGCACGUGCCCGGCCAAAGUCGAAAUUGAACUUGCAUACGCCCUGGUGGCCAAACCCGUCAACUAACCGGCCAGCUCUUAACCAGAAAGAGGAACCCUCCUAUUUAAGCUCCUUUUAUAAUACACACAAAAUAGCAAGAAAAAAAUAAAAAUGCAAAAAAAAAUGCCCUCGCUUCUGUUCCUUUAAGAAGGACAGAGCGUCAAUUGGCCUGUCGAACUGCCACUCAAUAAAUCCUGGGGAGACCCCCCUCGUCUAAAUUAGGCCGCGGUUACAGUAGACCGGGAUCAGUGUAGUUCCUAAACGCUGUCUCUAGGUGGCAGUGCAUAUGGUAAAUUUCUGUUUUCGGCUGUGACUCUCGUCUAUGGGACGAUACGUGUUCUAUACAGAUCAAGGAGGAGGAUUCAUUUCUGCUGUGCAUUAAAGCUCCUUUUUUUUUUUUUAUGUUUUUUUAAUGUGUAUUUUAUGUUUUUCUAAUGGAAGCCAUUAUACCACUAGACAAUCGACAUGUUAAAUUCCUGCUACAUCUUCCUGGGAGAGCAUUCUAUAAUAUACAGCAUUCUAUAAGACUAUGGGAUGAUAUGCCGAGGCUGGUCUCAAAUCCCCCCCCCUGUGCCACAAGUGCCUUUUUGAUACCCUCUAGCUGUAAAUAUGAUGAAGGUCAUGGACCCCCCAAAUAUAUAUAUUCUGAUGCAUAAAACCCCCCGCAGCAACUUGUACCGUGUUUGCCCUUCUUU